GUGUCUCUUGUUGGAAAGCACUCUAUGUUAAGUACAGAGCUUUCAUUUCUCAUAGUAUAUAUUCUGUGGUUUAAAGGCAAAGUUCAAUUCAUAGAAUAUAUCCAACUUCAUCAAAUUUUACGUGAGCAAUUUUUCUCACUGCGAAAACAAUAACAUUCAAGAUGAAUCGUGUUAUGAAAAUUCUCAAAAGUAAGGAAACUCGUAACUAUUUUAUGAGCACUCAUUUCUGGGGACCAGUUGCCAAUUGGGCAAUACCGAUCGCUGCCAUCGCUGAUAUUCAGAGAGAUCCCAAAUAUAUUAGUGGUAAAAUGACUUUCGCUUUAUGCUUAUAUUCAGCAAUGUUCAUGAGAUUUGCAAUCAAGGUGCAGCCACGCAACAUGCUUCUAUUUGCCUGCCACUUUGUCAAUGAAGGUGCACAAAUUACACAAGGUUGUAGAUUUAUUAAGCAUCAUUAUCUUAGUAAGAAAGAAAAAUAGGAAAGAUAUAUGUGAUAUUGACUUUACUAAUGCAAUAAGGUUUUAUAUUGAUAUAAAGAUCAUGUUAUUAUAGAAAAAAAAUAUUUGUUAAGUAUGUUAUGUAUAUAAAUAUUGUUUUAUGGUGAAUAAUGAACAUGUUAUUACCUGUU